GGUUUAUAAAGUUGCAGGGUUGCCUUUCUGCCUCUGUCUGCCCCUCUAUUUUGGAUACGCACAUUCUGCACAUUCUUCUUCUCUAUAUAUUUCUCCUUCUACCUCGCCUUUUUAUUGCACUAUCAUCAUAUGCAUUUUCUUCAAUAGCAGCAUACGAGAUUCCAUCAUGCCUUCACCUGACUUGGAUUUGGAUGUGUCUCCUAUUCCCCGUUCGCGGGAGGAGAACCAGGAACGUGCUUUUAUCGCGGCGUCCCGACGCAAAGACCGCAGCCUCGAUGCUAGGUUGGAAUCGGCCAAUCGUGCCUCCAUGUUACACAAGAAGCGUACCGGGAAGAGCCUGCACAUCACCAAGGACAUAGUCGAGAAAGAGGCCAUGUACGAAGAGGUCGAUGAGCGGUACCAAGAGAAACGCAUUCGCAUGCUGCAGGCUCAGAACAUGCAGAUCGAGGAACAGCUCAAUCGCCAGCUUUUGACUGCGUUGGCUGUUCGCAACCAUCGGGGCUCGACGUCCUCGGCCUCGUCAGCUACGACCAAUUCUGUGACUUCUGCUUCUCCUAAACCACUUGCUUCGCAUCAAAAUUUUAGACGGGCCACGAGCAUGGCGCCACGAUCCUCGAUUGAUGAGGUGCGCAAGAUGAGUCUGGACUUGUCGAGUGUGCGCUCGUCUGUUUCGGAGGGAAUGCAGACGGGAGCAUUGAACAGUCCUAUGAUUAUGGAGAACAGCUAUACGAUGUCACCGGGUUACGAUACUAUCGCGUCUCCGCAGCACACUCAGCCUGAGUGGUAUAAUCAGGUGCCCGCGUAUGUCCAGCAGACACAGUGGCCUCAGCAAUGGACGGGAUUCCAGCCCCAGCAAGAGCAGCCGCACGUCAUGCAGGAUUAUAUCUCUCAGAUGCCAAUGAACGUUGCUGCGACACGGCCGUUCAGAGAUCGAUUUGCAUCUGCUCCAGAGAUUCCAUUGCACGGCAUGCCUACGAACUCUUUAUCAUUGAUGUCUACCGCUCAUGCUCCGGCGCCAGCGCAACAAGAGCAAUCGGUACAGCGAUCACAACAUAGCCGCGUGCAAUCUGAACCGAACAUGUCGAUGGCGAUGAUGAUGCACAACCUCCAGCAGCAGCAGGCGCAAUCACAGCAGCCGAUUUCCAAGCCCGCAUCGCCCAAAACGCAACCCACACCAGACGCCUACUCGUCGCCCAGCACACCACCGCAGUCACCCAGGACGACCAGUGUCAGUGUGGGAACGAUGGGAGUAUCACAGCCAGACGCGGAGACGCUGGGCAAGAAUGACGAGGGAAUUCUAUUUGCGCAAGGACUGGAUCCAGACUUUGAUGAGUUCAGUCAGUUUGCAUUGGGACUGGGGACUACCACGGAACUAUCGGAGCGGGAGCCAUUCGGGUUUGAAGACUUUGUAACCCUGGAUGAUUUUACAGCUGCUGCAUGAUUUUGAUUCAUUUUUACUACGAUUGUUUUAUGGUUAUGUCUAUUGGCUAUGACUGUAUUAUGGGACUAUUGGAUGGGAUGGGAAUAAUACCCCUGGCGUUUUGAUGUUAUUAUUACCUAGCUUUUGCCGUGUAUGUACUUACGAGCAACGAGAGAAUAAAAUUUAAUUUAAUGUUGCACUCGCG